AUGGAACUUUUACAGCUUGUAUCUAGAUCCUAUUGGCCAACUUUUUAUUUCAUUUGCCUAUGCCUGCAUUUUACUAUGUACCUGUUGAUUUUUUGUAUUGGCAACGGCGGCUUUUGUGACGCAAGUUAGAAAUGUCAACAACAAACAAUCAAUGCCUCUCCUCUGUGAUGGAUUUUGCAAAUUUAUUGGCCCAUCUUUCUGUUUCAACUCCUAUGUUCUACUCUUGGUAAUGUAAUGAUUACAGUAACCGGCUUCAUCAACCUACAUGCACUCUUCUACCGUACUAUGUGUCUGAAAUAUUUUGAUUCUAGAAAGUCUAAUCUGGAAACGAUGAAGUUUACGUGGCACUAUUUGAUUCCAAUUUUAGUUUAUAUCUUAACUUAUAUCCCUUCUCAAAACCACGCCGAGGUAUAUAAGGAGACUCUAAGUUUACAUCCAACAUAUCAACUCGAAGUUUACAAAGUUUUUGGAGGAUUUGCAAAUUCUCAUCACAUUUGCAUGACAAUCAAUACAUUGGCAUGCGCUACAGCGACACUGUACGUGCCAAUAAUUGGCAGUUACUGGAAGCAUGUUGCUAUGAAAAUAUUGAAUUCUACUAUUUCAUCUAGCAUUUCUAGUCAGACCCGAAUCAUGCUGAAGACAUUGAUCAAGGGUCUAACUUUUCAAGUUAUCUUACCACUUGUCUGCUAUGUUCCUGUUACUUUUAUGUAUUGUUGGAAUAAGUAUUCUGGCGAUCAAAUCCUAAUAUCCCAAUACACUCUGGCAUUUAUGGGUACACUUCCGUGUAUUUUCGAUCCGCUACUUCAAAUGUAUUUUAUAUUGCCUUACCGAAAGACGAUCCAGAAUUUUGUUGCAUGUGUUUCAUUUAGACCAAAUAACGCCCACGCGGUCAGCUCGAUUCCACGACGUUCUUUUUUGACUCCUCCUUUAUAA